GCCGCGCAUACAAGACGUGUUUGGCGAGAAAACAAAACAUUUUCCCACCACUUGGCUGGUUAUUUACUCACUGUUGCUGGUCUUCCAAAGUGUUAGUGUGUGCAAAAAAGGAUAAAGAUUCUUAAGAAAUCUCGACAAAUUUAUAAUUAGGUAUAAGCCAACUGUCAACUGCUUCGUUGAGAGGAAAUUCCGGACAAUCCGUUACUUGCAAAUAACCACUGUUACCAUGUUCAUCCUGCAAUAUCACAUUACUUCAUCAGAUUCCCGUAUAAGCAAAGCUCAACUUUUUCCAUAAAUGAAAAUAAGGCACAUCGGGGCAAGUUGAAAUGCGGGGUAUAAAUAAUAAGCAAUGUAAACACGGCUGGUAGCACAUAACUCGCGACAACAGAAGAGAACGAGCGAUAAAAUGAAUGCAAAAUCGGUAGUGCCGCGGAUGGUGCUAUCGAGGGUGAUUCUAAAGCUAGCACGCAGUGAGCAUUUUCCCGGGAGCAGCAUGGUGGCGUGAGUUAUAGUGAGAGAUAUAGAGUUAACAUUAGUUUUGCUAGUUAGUAAAUACCUAUACGUGGUCGGAACGCAAACACCAUCGACCAGGGCGCUGGAAUUGCACGGGAUCGAAGUGAGAAGUGCGUGUGUGUGACCAUAGCUGUGAUAACGCAUUCACCCUACGUAACAAAAAUGGCUGUCCAUGUUCUGGACGUCGAUCACUUUGCGAUCAGUGCAAUUGUGACGGUGGUGAUGCAAGUAAUUUUCUUCCUGAUCGCCGCUAUCUUCCAGCUGGACAAACUAACGGAUUUUGCGGGUGGAGUCAACUUUAUCAUCAUUGCCUUGUUGACCUUCUUUCUGGGCCAAAUCGACAGGACACUGAAGCAUUACGACAGCCGGCAGCUGAUGGUGACGGCAUUUGUGUGUUUAUGGGGUGCGAGACUGUCGGGUUAUCUACUGUAUCGGAUCGUCAAAAUCGGGCGUGAUAAACAGUUUGAGGAUAAUCGAAGGAAUGUAAUACGAUUUGCUGUUUUCUGGACCUUUCAGGCCGUUUGGGUGUUUGUCGUUUCCCUGCCGGUGAUUAUCAUCAAUUCACCCCGACACUCGAUGCCGCUCGCACCGAAGACAAUGACGACGUUGGAUUCGGCCGGCACUGGUAUGUUCAUCACGGGUCUGCUUGCAGAAACGUACGCAGAUCUGCAAAAGUUCUCCUUCCGCCAGGAUCCAGUGAACCAAGGAAAAUUUUGCAACGACGGACUCUGGCGAAUGUCGAGGCACCCCAACUAUUUCGGUGAGAUCGUCAUCUGGUGGGGAAUUUUCGUUAUCUCGCUGAACGUAAUCCAUGGCAUCGAGUGGGUGGCAAUUAUGUCGCCUAUCUUUACCACCCUCAUCAUCCUGUUCCUGUCUGGAAUCCCCGUACGGGAACGGUCGGCGGACGAGAAAUAUCGAGACGAUCUGGAGUACCGAAAAUACAAAGCGUGCACCUCACCAUUGAUUCCGAUUCCACCAGCAAUCUACUCAGAAGUUCCACGAGCACUGAAAUUCAUCUUGUGCUGUGAGUUUCCGUUUUACGACUCAUUGCACGAGCGUCGUAAAGAGGAAGGGCCAUUUGCCAUGACUACCUCUAUAUCGGUGGCCCAUUCGCACUCCACCCAUACAUAGCAAUCCGGCAGUGGUAACCAUCCCAGCUAUCCUGUGUCAUACCACCAUCAUCAUCAUCAUCAUCAUUACAGUAGUGGUGGUGGUGGUAGUGGGUCCAACAACUCGAAGGACCGCAACUCGAUUGGCCAAGCCGUCAGCUAUUCGUCGAGCCACCGCAGCGGAAGUGACAAACGAGGUGGCGAAAAGUCUCUGCACAGUAGCCGAGACAUAGAGGACAUUGUUCCGGAACGAAUCACCUGCAUCAGCGGAAGUGAUGACGACUUCGUCACCGGCUUGGCACAAAUUACUACAAUUUUGUGAUCUCGCUCACUGUUCAAUGUUAACUAUUGCUAUACAAACAAUAUACCUAGGUAAAGUAGUGUGGUAUGAAGCUGUGUUUUGACAUUAUUUGAUAAAUGGUUGACACAACAAUGCGUUUGUUUAAUUCGAUUCAAUAGAAUAAGUGGAAAACAAAAACAUGCCAAUUUCGAACCGCCACGAGCGAAACUUAUCGCGUAUGACCUUGCAAAAAAGUUAACAUCUUAGGAAGUUUUGACUAAAAUAUCAACAAAAAGCACCUCUUCUAACUUCCGUAAGUUUCUCCAGACCAAGUAUAGUCCUAUAUCAAAUUGUACUAUCGGCUACACUUUCGGCAGCACAUUUCAAAUAACCGUUGUUUCGCCUUUCCAUAGUGAUCGAAUAAAGCUAAGUUGUUUGUAGCAGAAGGUACUUAUCAGAACAGUAGAAUACACCAAAUGUAUACACAUAACAUUUCCAAUUCUAUUAAACAUAGAAUAGUUUAUUUGUAAGCUGCAACUGUGUAUAGCGUGCUCCUACCAUCCUACAUGUUCGAAUUCGAUUUUGAAGCACACGACAACACAGUCAAUGGAUAGAUUCGUAUUUCCAUCCGAUGAAGGAUAUACAAUAUAAAUAUGGCAUAAUAAUCUCUAGUAGUCCUGGAGCAAGUAAACUCAUAAAUAGUGCAGCCAGGAAGCCAAGACAUAAAAAGUUAGGUUUAUCGUGACAUUAACUUUUCAAUUUAUCUAAUAAACUCAGCUGACACUGCGCCAUGAUGAAAAAAGAAACUAGAUCUGUAAUACACUCACAAAGACACUAUACGAAAGAGGACAAAACUCUUCAUGUUCUUAUGCCUUAGGUUCCUACCUGAGACGGGACGUUUGGACACGAAAAAACCUAAUGUCAAAUGCAGUCAGGGAAAACUGUCAAAUACAGACAGGGAAAACUGUCAAAUACAGCCAGGGAAAACUGUCAAAUGUCAUAUGUGCGGAAGAAUGAGAGGCUAUGCGAGACGGACGAUAAAAUGAAAAAAAAUCUAUCCGCAAAUUUCAACAAUCUUUCAUAAAUGUCACGUUCUAGAGCACACACCUUAGUUAAAGAGUCCGCCUUCUCAUUGUCCGGAAUGGAACAAUAAGUAGAGAUUCAAACCAAGGUAAUCUUAUAAGAUUUCCGAAACAAUGAAGUGAUGGUCAGCGGUUAAUUUGUCUAUGACUCCAAGGGUAUGCUGAAUAGCAGCUAGUUUUGCGACGUAAACUGAUGCAGGGUCACUGAGUUUGUAGAAUGCGAUGAACUUUUGAUUGAAAAUACCGAAGCCAGUGGACUCUUCGAGGUUCUAUCUGUACUUUUCGGAAAUUAUUGUAAAAAGAUCUAAGAACCGCUUGCGGGCGUAUGUGAUCCGGUAUUCCGCGAAUCUCAUUCUUCAUGGGUCGAAGAAAACAGCAGAUUCAGAAGUAUCUAAGAAAUGAGCACAGUUGGGAUUAUAAGAAUUUUCUGCGCCAUGCAGUCAAAGUGCAGGGAUAUGAAACGGGUUUGAGAAUUUAGCUCGUCAAGCCUCUCGAAAUUUUUAUUCGCCAAUGGGUUCAAGAUAUCGCAUUGAAUGAGCAAUCGAUAUCAGAGUUCCCAAAAUCGAUUUUGCAUCGAAGGUAUGGGUACCGUAUGGGUCGACUGCAUGUACUCUAAAGCGAUACGCAAACAACGAUACUGAAUUCUUUCGAGUUUAAUGAAAUGUAUGUUUGCGGAAAAGCGAAAGCAGAAACAUCCGUAUUUCAUUACUGACAGUAUCGUUGUUUGAUACAACCUAAUUAGGUCUCCUGGGUGGGCACCCCACCAUGUUCCGGUUAUUGCGCGAAGAAAAUUGAUCCUUUGUUGGCACUUAUGUUUCAGAUAUCUAAUGUGGCAUCCCCAGGUACCUUUCGAGUCAAACCUGUCCUCUAGAUAUUUUACUGAGUAGACCCGAACGAUAGUUUGACCCAUUCAUAGAAGCUGUAGUUCUGCUGGUUCACGCUUCCUGGAAAAUACGACUAGCACAUUUUUCUCCGUAGAGAAUUCGAUACCCAUCUUAAUAGCCCAAGUAGAUAAAUUGUCCAAGGUACUCUGCAAUGGUCCUUGUAGGUCGACAGCUUUGGUUCCCGUAACAGAAACCACAACGUCAUCAUUGCCUUAACGUGCGGGAUAUGUCAAGACAGUCAUCGAUAUCAUUGAAGUAAAAAUUGUAAAGAUGAGGGCUUAGGCAUGAGCCCUCAUCUUUACAUGUAGCUGAACCUCAACGUUGGCGAACCGCCAGGCGAGAAGUACAUGUGCUUUUCCGACAACACAGCAAAAAGUUGUUCCAUGCUGGUGCAACUUCUCAGAAAGAAUGUUCAUAGAAACUGAAUCAGAAGCCCUCUUAAUAUCCAUGAAAACUAAUGUAAUUUGCUCUUUACGGGCAAAGGCCAUUUGAAUUUCUGUUGACAACAACGCAAGGUAGUCGUCCCUUUGUUGAAGCCAAAUUGUGUAUCUGACAGUAAGCUAUUCAUUUCGACCCAAUUGUCGAGACGGAACGGUAUCAUUUUCUCGAAAAGCUUCCGGACACAGGACAGCAUUGCAAUCGGCCGGUACGAGUUGCGGUCGGAGGCUGAUUUGGACGUGCGUAUCCAUGAUUUGGUCCCGCGCACUAGGGAAGAUUACAUCAAACGAAUCAUGUCGCAAUACGGAGAAAUAGAAUCUAUUACGCAUGGCACCUGGAGAAAUUUUUUUCACCGACAUUCCCAACGGCGUUCGUAUUGUGAGGAUGCGAGUGACUAAACCAAUACCUUCUUACAUGACUAUCGAAUGCAGAUCACCGAAGGAAGGCGUGACCUGUAAGCAAACAACGCUAAUCACAUAUCCCGGCAAACACCAACAUGCCAAUUCUGUAACCAUACAGCCCACUACGGAAAAACAUGCGCCGCAGCAACUAGUCAAAACUCAUCUACUACAGCCAACUCUAACAAGCAGCCACCGACAUCUUCAGAUAAACCAAAAGCAACGAUCCAAUUAACCAAUAAUGCAGGUACAACGACCACGACAACUGCUCCCAAACCAACAACUAGCAUCGCCAAUAAAGAAGCAAAUACCGAUGAAGACGGAUUUGCAACAGCGACCUGUAAGAACAAGAAACAAAUAAGAACGUUUGAUCGUGAAGAGCAAGAAAGCAGUACCGAUGAUGACAUGGACGGGAACGAUAACGCGAGAGAAGGCAGACUGAAUGGCCCCCAAGCGGCUUCACCGCCAAGGAAAAGGAUCUCAACAGGCAGCAAACUGCGUCAACAAGAUCUGGCCGACCGACAUUCUUAGCAUUUUUUUUUAUGUUUACUUAUUGUAAAAAAAGUUAAAAGACCCAGUUGUGCAAAUAAAUCUUUAGAUUUAAAAAAAAUAAGUCUAAUGCACUGAGACGCGCUGGGGGAGCAGGAAUUCGUGUCAUUUUACCAGUGUUUAAAAUUGUCAAAUUAAAGUUAACGCAAACAUAGUGAAUUAAGGAAGACUAAUUAUCAUCAUAGACGCAACCCUACGAUGUACCAUGAGAGUUAAAGCACAAGUAUCCUAAAACUAGUCACGGUACAGCCAGGAAUUCUACGAUGUCGUGUAGCUGUCGGUGCCUAACCGCGGUGUAAGGGGGAAGGUAUAUGGAAGCUAUACAAAGGUCUUUGCCUUUGGUUUUUACUUGACAGACAACUUCAAUACCUGUUAUCGAAGGGAAGGUUAAUUCUGUAGAAGGGAUAGCACUUUUUGAUCCUCAAAGGUACUCCUCUGUAUGAAGUAUCUCGAUCCAGGCCAAUAAUAUUAAAAUUGGGGAAAUCGAAGUUAACAUCGAAAGUUGCACCAAAUGCAUCGCAUCUCAAGCUUUUUAUUAAAAAUUCGAAAGAAUUCAUUUUCGAUAUGAUACCUAUAUCUGCAAUUCCACUGUAGAACGGUGAUCAAAUCCGUGACCUCGUUCGAUGAGUUAGCCAUCGAAGGAUAUAAUCGUUGAAAGGAGAGGUCAUUUUGCAAUCAACUGCUUCAAACAUAUUCUUACGAGAAUAGACUUUUAAUAGGAUCCGUUAUAUUGAAAGUUUUUUAUUAUCCAGUCCACUUUGUCCAAGAGUUUCAUAAUUCCAGUACUGCGAUCGCUCUCGUUCUGAAACCAAGAAACACUUGGGAUUUUGAUGUUCCGGGAAGUGCUGAAAACUCCUUCUCUGAUCUUAAUCCUCCGAGACCACGAUCUAUUUGCUUCGGGUUGGUUUCAGCACUUCCAAGAGAUGUCAAUUUCGGAUCCUCCGUCAAGCGACAACUUCUGGCCUUUACAACGAAGUUGAGGAGACGAAAUGUUCCUCCUCUUACUAUAACUUCUAGGCACCCUCCUCUCCUCCCUCUUGUGGGAUACCAGCCUUGUUAGGAGGCAAGAGAACAUAGAGGUUUGUUGAGGAUGGUAGCGUAACUUUCUUCGGCAUUGCUGCAACAGAAAGUUCGGAACGUCCCGCAAGGAAACGUUUUAGUUUAUCUUCACGUAGUUUGCACGCGGAACAUACCGAGAUAUUAUGCAGACUCUUUGCACAGUAAGGACACUUCUCAGCAUUCUUACUGCACGAAUCAACUAGAUGAUUCUUGCCGCAUUUUCAACAGCGGGCCGAAUAGACUGACAGACAGACGAACCUUGUGCAAAAGGAUGUAGUUCGGUAAAGCGGUACCAGGGAAGGUUACCCAAUAAGAGUUUGAUUGAGGUAUAUUUUCAAACCAUCCCCCGGAACUACUACUGAGUGCAAACGCUUGCACUCAAGUAUUUUCACUAGCUGAAGUAAGCGGUUUCUAAAAGAGCCAACCCCGUACUGCAGCAUAUCCUCACAUGUCAAACUCUCAUCGUUAACGACGCCUUCCGUUUCAACCCUUACCGCUGGAGUAUAUAUUUAUUUAUUUAUUUCAAGUCGUCAAUCAGAUGUAGACCGGUUUCUUACAAUAAUUAUUAAACUAACUUAACACUAGUUAAAAUUUUGGUUUACUUUAAACUGCUGCUUAAGUUUUGUUUUCGACAUAGUGAAGUCAAUGCUUUCGCAAUGUUUGUUGUAAAUAUUCAUCAUUUGGUUUAAAGGGCCAAACUUGGCAUAAUUAGUGCGAUGGCGAAUUGUACAAAAGAUGCUGCGGUUACGUAGUUGUCGAGAAGGAGCAUAAAAAUUUAGUUUCGAUAAAAGUUCGAUUGAAUCAAUACGAUGUGAUACAAUGUCGUUUACAAAUGAUACCAUAGAAAAUUCACGACGAUCUUUCAAGGUUUGAAUGUCAAUUAGCAUGCGCCGUGCUUCAUAAGAUGGCAAAUGUAGUCCAGUCCAAUCUAGUUUACGAAGAGCGAACAUCAAAAACUGCUUUUGUACUGAUUCUAUCCGGUUUGCAUGCGUUGCUGAAAAAGGCGACCAAACUAUACUACAAUAUUCUAGUGUUGAACGCACAUAGGCUACAUAUAAUGUUUUUAUUGUGUAGGGAUCUUGGAAAUUAUAGCUGAAGCGUUUAAUAAAACCUAGUGUGCUGUUUGCUUUGUUAAUUAUUGUGUUAUAAUGAUCUAUGAAUGUUAUUUUGGAAUCUAUGAUAACUCCUAGGUCUCUUAUUCUGUCACACUUUUCUACUUGUUGAUUUCCCAAUAAGAUUUUAUUGUUCUGUAUAUUAUUCUUUCUACUCAAUGUUAUGGAAUUACAUUUUUUUACAUUCAGUUUCAGCAGGCUUUUAUUACACCAUGUAUAAAAUAUAUUUACUGCAUUUUGAAAUGUCUGAAAGUCUUCACCAUUUCUUAUUUCUAGAAAUAGUUUCAUAUCAUCAGCAUAUAUAAGAACUUUUACAUUUUUUAGAAUGAAGGAAAUGUCGUUAACAAAUAAAAUAAAGAAUAGCGGGCCCAAAUGAGACCCUUGAGGGACUCCUGAUGUAACUUGAAUUGGGAUUGAUUUUAUCCCUUUAAAUCUAACAGCUUGUUCACGAUUUGUAAGAUAUGAUUGUACCCAUGUAAGAAGUCCUGGCUCAAACCCCAUUUUUUCUAAUUUAAAAAGUAGCAUGGGUAUGUCGAUACGAUCAAAUGCUUUGCUAAAAUCUGUAUAAAGAGCUUCAACGUGGUUUCCGUUAUCCAUUGCUGUUAAUGUGUAGUUAAUGAAUUCGAGUAGAUUUGUACUUGUAGAACGCCCUUUGAAAAAACCAUGUUGCACAUGGGUGAUUCUGUUCUUGAUUUGGUGGAAUAAAUUUUCAUUAACAAUCGCCUCGAAAAUCUUGGGAAUGCACGAGAUGAUAGCUAUUCCACGAUAGUUACGCACAUCGGAUUUUUUAUCAUUUUUAAAAAUUGGAACUAGGAAAGAGCUUUUCCAUGUUUUAGGAAAACAACCUGAUUCUAGAGACAUGUUAAAAAGCCAAAAUAAAGGAGCGGUUAGUUCUAUUGACAAAGUUUUUAAAAACACCGGUGGAACGCCAUCAGGUCCAGGGCUUUUAGAGCUAUCCAAGUUUUUUAAGGCAUCCAUGAUUGUAUGUACUUUUAUCUGUUUAAUGUUAAUAUCUCUUGAAAGUUCUGGGAGGAAUGAAAAGUAUUCACGCUCUCGAUCCUUCUCUGAAAAUGUAGUGUAAACUUCCUGGAAGAAUGUUGCAAAAAGAUUGCAGAUUUCCUCUGAGUUAUCGCCUACCUUUCCAUCAAGAUGCAUUUCUGUUGGGAAAUAAUCCGAUUUUAUUUUAGUUUUUACGUAAUUAAAGAAGUUUUUUGGGCAAGUUUUUAUACUGCGUUCUGUUCUUGCAUUGUACUCUUCAAACGCGAUAUCAAUGGCA